AAAGCUACUUGUAAAUGAGGACCCUCAAAAUGUGUGUUCACUAAUUGCCUGGAUACUAUCUAGUUUUAGCCUGUGAGAAGCCGCUGUGAAUAUUCUUUUAAGCACCAAAGUAAAAUGGUGCGUGGACCUCCAUUUGCAAUAUUUUGGUGUGCAGCAAUUUUAGCAGGCUAUGAGUUUCCAUGGGUGAUGACCCUGGGAUCUCCGGCGUCGGACACGUUUCCAGCUUCUGGUUACGACAUCAGCGCGGCUCUGGCUGACCUAAACAAGCCUAAGGCAGUGCCUGAAGGCCCUAGAUUAGUGUCACGUACGUACUCUCGCCUCAUCGUGUCCAGGGGCUCCUCCGUCACCCUCAACUGUACCGUGGAAGAUGCAAGUGAUGUCUCAGUGACGUGGACCCGGGACAAGGAAGUGCUCACGGUGGACAAGUUUAGAUAUACGGGUGAUGAGCGGAUAAACCCUCUUUAUGAACAUGGAUCAUGUGAUCAUAGCCUCCGCUUCUCCCAAGUGAUGCCAGAAGACUCUGGCAUCUUUCAGUGUCAUGUAGGCACAGACCCUGAGCAGGUGGCUAGGGUGAAACUCGUCGUUAUAGAUGCAUACUCCGUUAUCUUCGGGUCAUCUGAAGUGUCUGUGGCUGUAGGAGGGACACUUUACUUGUUGUGUUUGGUUCUUCAGGUUACCGACAUACCUGAAUACAUCCUCUGGUACCAUAACCAGAAAGUCAUUGAUUACUCCAGAAGCAGCAUCUCGGUGAAGACAGAUGAAGAAACACGGUCAAGUGAGCUGCGGGUCUGGGACAUCAACUAUACAGAUGCUGGGAACUACACCUGUGAACCCUCUAAUGCAGCCCCAGCCUUUGUUUCCAUUACAGUGUUCAAGGAUACCAACAAGAAAUCUGGACGAACAGAGAAGUGUGAUGAAUGUGUAUUAUACAUUCAACUUGGCGCAACAUUUGCAUUUUUCACUCUAAGCUUUUUAAUUGCAUUCUGCAUCCACAGCCGCGAUAACACGUCUCGGCCUUGGUUAGAGCACAGUCUUUCAGAAGAUCUUUAUGUUCCACCUGAUUAUGACAAGUCUCUAUGAGGAUUACUGAUGCUAAAAUGCUCUAGAGGUUUGAAACAGCAUCAUUAUUUUUAAUAGAUCUUUGAGAAUUUUCUAAACUACACUUCUAAGUAGCUUUUUAUGCAUUACUAUAGUAUAUAAAUCACCUAAAGUUAUCCAUAAAACUAUACCCUGUACGCCUGUUAUAAGGAAUCCAGCAAUAUACUAUAUACCUCUUAAAAGAUUUCCAACACUAUUAUGUACAGCCAUUCUAAAAAUUACCAAGGUCCCAGGAGUCCCCAAAAACCUGCCACGUCGGGCGAAGAUCAACCCAACCGAUACAUCAAAGCAUAUGGCCUGUCGCUCGUUUUCCAUUCUACCGGACCCUGGGCCCAGUCUUGAUACUUUCAGAAGCGAUCUAACACUACCUCAUAUAAAAGACCUAAUCAAAUGAUCUAACAUCUAAACAGAUCCAAUACUCUACACUUCUUAUAAGGGAUCCAGCAAUUUGUACACUUACCAGGGAUCCAAAACUUUCUCACUCUCUGAGAAGGAUCCAACAUUCUAAGCAUCUCUCAAAAUGGAAUCAAUAGUCUGUUACUUUUAAAUGGAUUCUAAAUCUAUACAUUUCUUAAAAACAUAUUUGUAUCAGAUGAAAGAUUCUCAUAUAAACUCAGUAAAGGAGUGACUGACUGACUGACUGACUAUGAAAACUCUUCCCUAACCUUCACCCACCCUUGUUGCCCAAGGUGUAGUCAACUAGGGCCUAACAUUGCUGUUCAUGAGUUUUUAGUUCAUUAUUUAUAUAAUGUUAUCCUCUCGUUUAUCUUUAUACCAUGAUUUCUGAAGUUUCUUAACACUUUAAAUUUUGAGAAGUUUGAGUUAAAAAUAAGUCUUUAAUGUUUAAAGAGUUUAUCUCUGCAUUGCCUUUCAUUGUAACAUUGAAGAGAAAUUUGUGGCUCUCAAGUGUAAAGAUCCCCAUUUGACAAUAAAAAGGUUUUAA